AUGGAAACAGAAAACUACACAGGAACAUCACAAUUCCUUCUCUUGGGUCUCUCGCAAGAUCCUAAAUUGCAGCCCAUUCUUUUUGGGCUCUUCCUGUCCAUGUACCUGGUCACAGUGCUGGGGAACCUGCUCAUCAUCCUGGUCGUUGGCUCUGACUCCCACCUCCACACCCCCAUGUACUUCUUCCUCUAUAACCUGUCCUUUGUUGACAUCUGCUUCACCUCUACCACCGUCCCAAAGAUGCUGGUGAAUAUUCAUGCACACAACAAAGGUAUUUUGUACACAGAGUGCCUCACUCAGAUAUAUUUAUUUUUGGUUUUUGUGGGCAUGGAUAAUUUACUACUGACCAUAAUGGCAUAUGACCGCUUUGUGGCCAUCUGCCAUCCCUUGAAAUAUGUGACCAUCAUGAACCCCAAUGUCUGUGUUUUCUUAGUUCUGAUAUCAUGGCUCAUCAUGUUCUUGGUCUCCCUGCUUCAUAUUCUACUAAUGAAGAAGUUGACUUUUUCCAUAGACACUGAACUCCCACAUUUCUUCUGUGAACUGGCUCAGGUUCUCAAGGUGGCUAGGUCUGAUGCUAAUGCCAAUGUCAAUAUCAUCUUGUUGUAUUUGUCAACUGCCCUGCUGGGUGUGUGUCCCAUCACUGGGAUCCUCUUCUCUUACUCUCAGAUCAUUUUCUCCUUAAUGAAGAUGUCCUCUGCAGAAAGCAGGUUUAAAGCAUUUUCCACCUGUGGGUCUCACCUCUGUGUGGUCUCCUUGUUCUAUGGAACAGGACUUGGGGUUUAUCUCAGCUCUGCUGUGACCCAGGCUUCCCAUGACAGCUCUGUUGCCUCUGUGAUGUACACUGUAGUGACCCCCAUGCUGAACCCCUUCAUCUACAGCCUGAGGAACAAGGAUGUGAAGGGGGCCCUAGGAAGACUUCUUGGCAGAGCAGCCUCUUGUCUUUAA